GAAAAUGAUCACAUUUACAGCAAUGUUGAAUUGCUGAUGAUGAAUUAAAUGACAUCUCCACAGCUUUCAGCCUGUUGCGCGUGAAGUGACGCACGCAGCAGCAGCAGGUCAUAUAGUUUAUAGUGUCAGUCACUAACGCACCAUCACACAGAGCUCCGUCCUCUCCUGUAAGGCUGCUAUGUCUCUGGAGGAGUCCCUGCUUAUAGACCCGGAGGACAGCGCGGUUCUGGUUCUGAAUGUUUCCGCAGCGGAGCAGCACCAGUACCACCUCUGGCUCCCCGGGAUCGGGAUCGCUGCCGUGUACGGGCUCAUCAUCAUCGUGGGUCUGGUGGGAAAUGUCACGUUAAUGAAGACGUGUCUGAUGGUGAAGUCCAUGCGGACGGUGCCCAACUUGUUCUUGUCCAGUCUGGCUCUGGGGGACGUGCUGCUGCUGGUGACCUGCGCCCCGGUGGACGCCAGCCGCUACCUGGUGGACGAGUGGCUGUUCGGCCGCGUUGGAUGCAAACUGAUCCCGUUCAUCCAGCUCACCUCCGUGGGAGUCUCCGUGUUCACCCUCACCGCGCUCUCCGCUGACCGGUACAAAGCGAUAGUCAGACCUCUGGACAUGCCCAGGUCCAGCGCUACACUCAGUAUCUGUGUCCGAGCGGGGUUCAUCUGGCUGCUCUCUGGGACUCUGGCCAUUCCUGAGGCCGUCUUCUCCGACCUGCACACCUUCACCACCAGCCACACAAAUGAGACAUUCGUCACCUGUGCACCCUACCCCCACGGCGGGGAGCUGCACCCCAAAAUCCACUCAGUCGCCUCCUUUAUCAUCUUCUACAUCAUCCCUCUCUUCAUCAUAUCUGUCUACUACUGCUUCAUCGCUCGCAGUCUGGUCAGGAGCUCUGUGGACAUCCCUGCUGAGGGACACAUGCACCUGCAGAAACAGAUCAAGUCCAGGAAGCGUCUGGCCAAAACAGUCCUGGUGUUUGUGGGCCUGUUUGCCCUCUGCUGGCUGCCCAGCCAUGUGAUCUACCUGUACCGCUCCUACCACUACGGCCAGGUGGACACCUCGCUGGCCCACUUCAUCGCCAGCGUGUGCGCUCGCAUUCUGGCCUUCACCAACUCCUGUGUGAACCCAUUCGCCCUCUACCUGAUGAGCAAAAGCUUCAGCAAACACUUCAACAAGCAGCUCCUGUGCUGCUCUUCCCCCAGACGCCUGCACAGCCAGAACAGCAGGAGCACAAAUAUCACCACCGUCUGAACGUUUCAUAACAACCCGUGUUUCAUAUUAACUCACAUGUAUUUAUGUGUUGUGAUUUGGUCGACUUUAGUGUAAAAUUUAACCUUUUAUUGUCAUUUACUACUCAUUUUAAUUACCACUUCUCAUUUAUAAACCCCCUUGAAGAAUCGAAAUAAUUAGCUGUCAACUAUCCAGUGAAAGCCACAGAAAUAAGUGGGAAGCCUUAAAGGUUUUCGAGCAAAAUAAGCUCUUAAUUCAGUGACAAGUUGCUUGUCUGUGGUACAAAUAAUCUUUUUUCAUUGCUUGAGAUUUAUAUUCUAUGUUCUCUAAAAAAAAAAGGAAUAUAAGAAAAGGGUCUUUGAUAUUCCCUAAGUUUCUCUGUUUUAUAUCUCUGUUGUGAAAUGAAACUGAAUUUGAUCAAGAACAAAAAACAGAUUCCAUCAACUGUCAUUUGCAGUGGAAACCAUGCAUGAAAAGCCAGAUAUCAGCCUUAUUGUGAAUGUGUCUAUCUGCACAGCACCAAUUUAAAAAAAAAAAGAGAGAGAGAAGAGGACUGGUGCAGAAGGUCCCUCUGACAUUUCAGAAUUCAAUGGUUGAAAAAUAUCUGAACUUUCCGAGCCUCGGCCGUUCUGAGGAGUUGAGAGGUUUCACCUGCCUCAUGAAAAUGUUGGUUCAAAUAUCACAUAUUGUGAGAUGUUUCUGUUAAACUGUAUGUGUUAGUGAAUGUUGGUUGGCUCUACUUGUGUAUACUGUAGCUAUGUGCAACCUAAAAAAGUUGGGACAUUGUGACAUAUUCAAUUAAGACCUGCACAAAGUCCAAAACUGAUGAACUUUUUGUUUCUGUAAAUAUAUACCCUGAAUAUUAU